UUACACCAAGACCUCCAUGUGACGUUCACACAACAGCAUGGCGAUGUUGGCAGCCCCUCGCAGAAAACAAAAGUUUUCAAUUGAUCCAAGGGGUUCUUCUUGGAGUAAAGAUGAGACUAAAUUUGGACAGAAGAUGUUGGAAAAGAUGGGCUGGUCUAAAGGCCGAGGUUUGGGGGUCAAUGAAGAUGGAAGAACUGAACAUGUGAAGAUAUCCCUGAAAGAUGACACAAGAGGGGUUGGAUGUAGCAAAAGUCUGGCUGAUAACUGGAUCUCACAUCAAGACGAUUUCAACAGCCUGCUGGCCAGUUUAAACCAGAACGGUAUGAACACAGAGCCCGAUGCCGUGGAUAACGCCAAGGUUUGGAGUCUGGAGGCAAAGUCUAAGUCCUCUAAAGGCAGACUUCACUAUCAGAAGUUCACCAGGGGAAAGGAUCUUUCCUCUCGAAAACUGGAAGAUUUGGAUUGUAUCUUUGGCAGGAGAAAGAAUAAAGCGUUGAAAGAGAAGACAAAAUCAGUUGUAGAGGAGAACCUUACCUCCUUGCCUGAAUCAGUGGAUUCACCUGCUGAGCAGUAUGGGGUACAGACAUUUGAAAGUACAGACAGCAUUCAGGGAUACUUUGCCAGGAAAAUGGCUAAACUGGAUUCCAGCAAGAGGACAAACAUUGAGGUGAAUGGGGCAGGAGGAAAGGAUAAUGAAGUGAAGGCACAGGAGCAGGGAAGUGAAAACCUGGGACUGGGAAUUAAAACCUAUAGUAGUUCACAAAGUGUUCAGGAUUAUUUUGCUCAGAAGAUGGCAAAGCUGAAGAAAGAGAGGCUGAGUUCUGACGUGAAAGCAUCAGACGCCAGCUGUGAGUCUGUAGUACCAUUAACAGAAGAACCGGGCGACAAGCCUGUCAAAAGACAGAAGAAAAAGAAAAAGCGAAAACAGAGCUGUGACGAGAAAUCUGGAGAACCUGUAGAAAAGAAAAAGGAGAGAAAAAUUACUGUCGAUUCUGAAGGUACAUUACACAAGUUGUCUUGUGAGACAUUAACUAAGGAGAGUGAUGUUGAAAGCAAUAAAAAGAGAAAGAAGGAUAAGAAAAAGAGGGAGAUUGAUAGUGAUGUAUCAACAAAUAUUUUUUUGGACACUAAAAAUAAAAAGGUAGUUUCAAAUAAAAAUUUAAAUCACAUGCCACAAGAAUUGUCUGCUCCAGUCAAAAGGGAUAUGGACAGUAGAAAAAGGAUUAGGUUUAGAGAUCCUCUUUCCUCAGCCCUAGGGGAGACAACCCUACAGGGUUCUAUUGAGACUUUUACAGAUGAAAUCACUAAGGCUGAAGAUCCUGAGGAGAAAAUUGGAACUUCAGAGACAAUGGUAGUGGUUAAAACCCCACAGGUUAUGAACACUGAAGAGCAUUCUGAAAUUGGUGCACAUUCACCAAAGAAGAAAAGGUCCAAGAAAAAAGCAAAGCAUAAAGAUGUAAGUGAGCAGAUACACAUGUCUGAGAAAGUGGAUAGAAGUAAUAUCCCUGCUCCUGAAGAAAACAGUAAAGGGUCCGCUUUUCAGGAAGAUUGUGUCAAUAAUACAGAAAAUUCCAAGAAUGGAGACAAAGCAAAUGCUAGCAAGAAGAGGAAAAAGAAAAAGGAAAAACGGACUUCAGAGGCCAGAGAAAGGCUGAUGAAAAAAAGAAAAUAUAUAUUGGACUGUGGCAAAUUUAAGAUUAUUGAGACCGGAUUUACAGGGUCUAAUCUUGAUCAAAUCCCAGGGUAUUCCAACAGCAGCCUUUUGUUAAAGACUUCAUGA